AUGUCCUGCUCUUAUAGUCUUGGAGCCAAGUGGUAUGGGGGCAGACGGAAAAGUAAAGAUGAGACAAUCCGCCAUGAUCCUGGUGAACUUGGUAACAUCAAAGCUGGGAAGGCGGAGAAGCAGGACAGAAAAAGGGCAACAUUUUACUCUGCUGGAAAAAACUACUUGUUAAGAAUGUGCAAUGAUCUGCUACGAAGACUUUCCAAAUCACAGAACACUGUUUUCUGUGGAAGAAUUCAGUUAUUCUUGGCCAGAUUGUUUCCUUUAUCAGAAAAGUCAGGGCUUAAUUUGCAAAGUCAGUUUAACCUGGAAAAUGUCACUGUGUUUAACACUAAUGAACAGGAUAGCACGCUGGGGCUGAAGCACACGGAAGAUAGAGAGGAUGGAAUGGAAGUUGAAGAAGGAGAGACAGGUGACGAGGAGCCGACUACAACUUGCUCUGUUCCAAUUGAUUAUAACUUAUACCGGAAGUUUUGGUCACUUCAAGAUUUUUUCAGAAAUCCCCUGCAAUGUUAUGAAAAAAUUUCUUGGAAGACAUUUCUAAAGCAUUCCGAUGAGGUAUUGGAUGUUUUCAGAAGCUACAAACUGGAUGACAUGCAGGCUUCAAAAAAGAAGCAUGAAGAAUUAAAACCUCCAGGGGAAGAACAUGUUUACUUCGCUAAAUUUUUGACGAGUGAGAAGUUGAUGGACCUUCAGCUGAACGACAGCAAUUUUAGACGGCAUAUCCUAUUACAGUAUUUAAUAUUGUUUCAAUACCUGAAAGGUCAAGUCAAAUUUAAAAGUUCCUCUUGUGUAUUGACUGAUGAACAAUCUCUCUGGAUUGAAGAUACCACCAAAGCCGUUUAUCAGUUAUUCAAAGAGACGCCACCUGAUGGAGAAAAAUUUUCCAGUAUGGUAGAGCAUAUACUACACAGUGAAGAAAAUUGGAUUGCAUGGAAAAAUGAGGGUUGUCCAAGUUUUGUUAAAGAAAGAUCACUUGAAUCCAAACUUCCAAAGCCUGCAAAAAAACGACCUGCUCCUGAGGAUUUCUUUGGAAGAGGACCAGGCAAGAAGGUUUUAAUGGGAAAUGAAGAAUUGACACGGCUUUGGAAUCUCUGCCCUGAUAACAUGGAAGCCUGUAAGUCUGAAAGCAGAGAGUUUAUGCCCACUUUGGAAGAGUUUUUUGAAGAAGCUAUUGAGCAAGCUGAUCCAGAAAACAUGGUUGAAGAAGAGUACAAAGUGGUUAACAAUUCCAAUUAUGGCUGGAGGGCCUUGAGGCUGCUAGCACGACGAAGCCCACACUUCUUUCAACCAACUAAUCAGCAGUUCAAAAGCUUGCCUGAGUACCUAGACAACAUGGUUAUCAAAUUGGCCAAGGAACUACCUCCUCCGUCUGAAGAGAUAAAGACAGCAGAGGAUGAAGAUGAGGAAGAAGACAAUGAUGAUGCAUUGCUAAAGGAAAGCAAUGAAAGCCCUGAUAUGCAGACUAAGCUUGUAACAGGUGAACAGAUAGACAUACUCGCUAACAAGCUUGGAGAACAGUGGAAAGUAUUGGCACCACACUUUGAAAUGAAGGAGUCUGACAUCCGUGGGAUUGAAUCUGAUAGUGAGGAUGUGAAGAUGCGUGCUAAACUGCUGUUGGUUGCAUGGCAUGAUCGGGAGGGACUGCAAGCUACAGUGGAGAAUUUUUUGUCUGCACUGAUUGAUGCUGGUUUAACUGAACUUGCAGAAAUCCUGACAAAUGAGGCUGAUAGUCUAAGCUAAUCAAUUAUUUGGGACAAAAAAAGUGUACAAAUUGACCAAGUUAUUUUUAUUUACUGCCCUAUUUUAAAAGAAGGUGGUUAAUUUUACAAUAACUCUUUUAUGAAUCCAUUUCUUUGAUAUUGGGAUAUAUUAGUUUACUGUCCUUCCACCAGCAGUUGCUAGCCAUUUAUUUUACUAAGAGGUUUAAGUUGAUGAGAAAAACUUGGCAUGGUGUUUAUGCUUACAAUUGUAGGUCAUUUUGAUAAUGGGAUUGCUUUAUUAAAGUUCAGAGUGGUUCACUGCCAUGUUUUAGUGUAACCUCAAUAAUUAAAUUUGCCAGACAUUUGUAUUCAGUUUGAUUAGUGGGCAGAUGUCAAUAUCAGUGGUUAAUACCCUCUAAUGUUGAAAUGACAGCAUGUAAAUAUGACAGUCAUUCAAUAUUCUUGACUAUGCAUAAAUAGGCCAAACAAACUUUGUCAAUUUGUGAACUAAAGUUACUUUGAGCCAAACUGCUCCAGUUUAGAAAUUUGAUUAUAAAAGCUAUAAUUUUUGAAUCAAUUCAACUUUUAAUCUUUACUGUUGAAUUUUGCCCUUCCUUCUCCUGUCCCAGUUUUCCUUGGGUUUCUAUUUACUAUUAUGAAAUACCAUCUUAUUUUUCUCACAUUGGCGCCAACUGGUUUGAAUUUUUGUAUGCCAUACAUCAUUCCCAACUAAAACAGAUAAUGACCUGAUUCUGUUCCAUUCAAAAAACAAUUUACCAAAAAGACCACAAAAGUCGACAGAUUAUUUUUGUUAUCUUACAGUUCCAUUGUGACAUAGAGACAUGUAUUUUAGUGCAUGGCACCACAACUAAGAUAGAGAAUUUCAGUGUCUGAGGAUUGCAAGCGUGUUGGGUCAGCACACUGACAAACAACUUCUAUUCAUUUUUGGAUUGCAUGUGACUGUUUAAUAAAUGAUUCCAAUCAAAUCUA